AUGACAACCACACUACUAUCACAGUUGAAUGAGCGACUACUAGUCAAGGCCGUUGACAAGGAUGGCUCGCAACGUCCAGUGGACAUGUUGGACAACGACUCCAUCCGUCCAACACCAACCAAAGAUCGAACAUGGACUCAGUUCACUUACAUGAUGUUUUGGUUCUCGGCGACAGCCAACGUCAGCAAUCUGUACUCUGCCUCUACGGGUAUGACAAUGGGUCUGACAAUGUGGGAGGCUAUUGCCUGCUCCUUUGGCGGCCAGAUUGUAGCUGGAUUUCUGAUGGCUCUGAAUGGUCGUGCUGGCGCAAUGUAUCGAAUUCCUUUCCCCGUGUUGUGUCGGUCUAGCUUUGGUCCUUGGGGCGCUUUUUGGCCUACUUUCAACCGGGCUAUCAUGUCAAUUGUGUGGAACGGUGUCAACUCGGUUCAAGGAGCGCAGUGCUUAUAUGUAUUCCUACACGCCAUCUUUCCUUCCAUCGACAAGAUCCCAGAUAAAAUGGGCUCCAAGUCCGCGUUAACCUCUGCGCAGAUGAUGUGCUUUUUUGUCUACUGGAUCAUCAAUUGCGCAUUCCUCGUCAUCCCCGUCCCAAAAAUGAAGUCCCUGGUAUACGCCAAAGUAGUCGUCUUUUUUGCCGGUACCAUUGCAAUGUUAGCAUGGACUGUUUCCCUCGCCGGUGGCUCUUCCGAGUUUCUACACAUGCCGUCUACCGUUCGUGGCACGGAGAAGAGCUAUCUGAUUUUGAAAUUCUUUUGGCUGGGUCUUGCAGCUUGCGGAACAUUCGUAGCCAACGCAGCAGAUCUUCAACGAUACGCGCGGAAGCCCAAUGAUGUGCUCAUCGGCCAAAUGAUCAGCUUCCCUUUGUCGAACUUGUUGGUUGCGAUCCUCGGAAAUGUGAUUGCGGCUUCUAGUAAGUCGAUUUUUGGAGAGUUGAUCUGGGACCCUCUCAACUUCUUGGAUAAGCUGAUGGAAGGCGAGCGAUACACCUCUGGAAACCGUGCCGCAUGCGCGUUCAUUUCCUUGGCUUUCGUAUAUUCCAAUGUUUUCUCGGCUAUUUUCGAAAAUUCUAUUCCCGCUGGCAAUGACAUCGCAGCUCUAAUGCCAAGAUACAUCACAAUCAAAAGGGGAUUCUUCAUUUGCGCCGUCCUCUCUUACGCCAUCUGCCCCUGGUAUCUCCUCUCCAGCGCCUCAAUAUUCAUCACAUUCCUAUCCUCCUACCAAAUUUUCCUCUCCGCCAUCGCCGGCAUCCUAAUCUGCGACUACUACCUAAUCCGCCGCGGCAAGCUGAACAUUCCAGCUCUAUACACCGCCCAUCCAGAAGGUCUGUACAGAUACUUCUACGGAUUCAAUCUAUGGGCAUUCGCUACUUAUAUCCUUGCCGUGGCACCGAAUUUCUAUGGCUUCCUUAGUCAAAUGGGUGUUAAGGCGCCGCUUGGGGUUCAACGAUUCUAUUAUGUUGCUUAUCCGACUGGGUUGUUGGUUGCGUUUAUUGUGUAUUCUGUUGGUUGUUUGGUUUUCUCACCGAAGGGGAUGGUUAAGGGUAAAGGGUGGAAGGAGCCGAAGGAUUAUGUGGAUGAGGAUGAUGCGUCGGGGGAUGCGAUUGAUGGGGUUGAGGUUGAUAGUGCAGGGGCUGAGAAGGGGGGUUUCACUGUAGCGAAGGAGGUAAAAUAUUAA